UAUCUUCCAAUAUAUAUAGCACCGAAGGACAAGGGCACAGUAAGACGAGUGUGAUAUCCGGAGACAGACACUGAGGGAUAGAGAAUUUGAGCAACAAGAAUGGGUUCUCUUAUGUCAGGAUGGGACUCUCCCACCUUAGAUCCAAAAUCAGCAAAACUUGAGAGGAACAAGUCUCUCACUAAAGAAGAAAUAGAUGCUUUCUGGAGAUCACGGAAGCAGAUAGAGGAGGAACACCUCAAAGCUAUUUCUAGAACGUCAGAAAAUAAUGAGGCCAGCAAACACCAGGAAUCUGAGAAGUCAAGCAGCGUGGACUUGGCUCGCAUGAAAGAGUUCAUGGGUGGGGAUACUAGCAAUAGCUGGGAGCAGCUGAUGAAGAAAAAUUGCUGGUGGACUAAGAGUAGCUGGGCAUUUCUUAACGAACCUCCGGUAAUGGAAGCUGCUGCUAACAAGUACGCGGCGCAGUUUCACGUGGCCGAUUUGGCAUCUUCUAAAAUGAACUCCGGAGACGGAAUUAGUGCUGCUUGAUAGAAUACGAGUUUUCUCUUUGCCCUGUAAAUAUUUGCUUAUGCUCGGUAUGUGCGUGCAUGUUUUUCAACUUAUGGAGUAUAUAUACAUCAAGCUGGGAUCUUCUCCGCUUGUGGAGAGAUCUUGAGAUAGAAAGAGUGUGUAAGGAGAUCAUUUGAUGAGUCUCUCUGUGCUUUUCUCUUCUUUUUCUUUUUUCUUUUUAAUUAUAUCGAAAGGAUUCAUAUUAUAUACUGCCUAUGUAUAUACUCAACUUGCUGUCCAGAGCGCCUUGA